AGGGUCUCUCGCGCGCCGCCUGAGGUGGGUGGGGAUCGAUGUGCUUUUCCCGAGUCACUAUUUAUACUCGAUGUAGUGGAUUUUUCAAACCAGUACCUACUUUGGUCUCGCUUGUUCUAUACACCUGAAGUGCACAAUGCGAAUGAUUAUUGUUCCUUGUUGUCUUGCCCUAUUUGUGGCACUCGUCACAUGCGAGGGUACUGCUGCAGAGGAGAAGAAAGUAGAAGACACUGAAGUUGAGGCCAAGGAAUCGCAGAAUGUAGAGAAACGUGGACUAUACGGUUCCAUUGGCGAUUUCGGGCACGAUUUCGGAGGUCAUGAUUUCGGAGGCCACCACCAUCAUGAACACCAUGAACACAUCAAGACUGUAACCAUCGAAAAGAAGGUCCCGGUUCCAUACACCGUGGAGAAGCACGUUCCUUACACCGUGGAAAAGAAGGUACCUUAUGAAGUCAAGGUCCCAAUCCCACAACCCUACAUCGUGGAGAAGAAGGUCCCGGUCCAUGUUAAGGAAGUUGUUAAAUACCCAGUCCAUGUGCCAGCCCCUUACACCGUAGAAAAGAAGGUCCCCUAUGAAGUGAAGUACCAUGUCGACAAGCCUUAUGAAGUCAAGGUCCCAGUCCCAGCUCCUUACACCGUCGAAAAGAAGGUUCCGUAUGAAGUUAAGGUCCCAGUUCCAGUGCCGUACACCGUCGAAAAGAAGGUCCCAUACGAAGUCAAGUACGAGGUUCCAGUACCAAAGCCAUACACCGUCAUCAAGAAGGUCCCAUAUGAAGUCAAGGUCCCAGUUGACAAGCCUUACAAGGUCGAAGUUGAGAAGCCAUACCCAGUUGAGGUGCCCAAGCCAUACCCAGUUGUGGUAGAGAAGAAGGUUCCAUAUGAAGUCAAGGUCCCAGUCGACAAACCAUACAAGGUUGAGGUGCCCAAGCCAUACAAGGUUGAAGUCAAGGUUCCAGUCCCAUCUCCGUACAUCGUUGAGAAGAAGGUUCCUUACACCGUCGAGAAGCCAGUCCCCUAUGAGGUUAAGGUCCCAAUUGACAAGCCGUACCCAGUCUACAAGGAAGUCAAGGUCCCAGUUGAGAAGGAGGUUCCAUACCCAGUGAAGGUCCCAGUUCAUGUACCAGUCCAUGUGCACAAAGAAGAACAUCAUGAUCAUUCCUUUGAGCACCACUACCACCACUAAACUAUUUAGAUCACUCUCCCAGAUUCCCAUCCCGUAAAAUUCCUGUAAAUCCCGUCUGAACUGAACUGACCCCGCCUGUUUUUUCAGCAUGUUCAACGUUCCUCCUGUUUUUGUUUCGCAGUGUUACGAACAAAUCCAAACCAAUUAUUUCAUAAAUUUGUGAUCUUAAAUGUAGUUGUUAAAGCGAGCAAUAUCGUAGAGAGUGUUGACUUCUUAGAGCACGGUCCGCCAAAUUGUGGCGGAUGUAUUCGAGAAGUAAAUCCGUUGUUAAUUAUUGUUUUUAUGAAUACUUGUACGAGCGUUACGAGAGAAACGAAGUCUUCUUUUCCCCCCCUAAAUAUACAUCGAAAACGGUUUUUGACCUAUAGCCAUGACCUUUGGAAAUAACUGAAAGCUUGAACCAAAUGAUGUUUUUUUGUUUGUGUUGCAUAUGAAUCCCCAAAAUAUUCCCAAAAACCUGCUUAUGAUGUAAAAUUGAUCAAAUUUCUUUACAUUCAGGUCACCGCCGGGUGACAUAACAUGUGAUAUCAAUCUUUUAUUUUCGAACUGAUGUAUUAAAAAUGAUAAACUGUGAAUAAAAGAUCCUGUAAAAAUGUCAAACUUUUGAUCAUUUUUACGGCAUAAAAAUAUAACAAUCAUAAAGUAUUAAAA